AUGCAAUGGCGGAAGAAACGGAAGAAGAAUAACGCCAACGGAUACAACAGUGCGUUUGAUAUUGGCUCUUUUCUUCAGAAAAAGCCCAAGAUUUCGGCAUCUCGUCGGUUAUUCUUAAAGACCAAAAUACUGAAGAAGGCCAGCACACUGCUGGCAGAUGAGAAUGAACAGAAAAAGAUUGACAGAGAACAAACACUCAGUGAGAGAGCUCCUCCUCUCCAACUGUCUGGGCUGUCAGUACAGGACUUACAGAAUCUGUGCAAAGACCUCCAUCAAAAAAUUGACAUUGUUGAUGAGGAACGAUAUGACAUUGAAUCUAAAGUUGCCAAAAAUGAAAAGGAGAUUGCAGAUUUAAACCACAAAGUCUUUGAGCUGAAGGGAAAAAUGAAGAGACCUGCCCUGAAGAGAGUGAGGGUGUCUGCUGAUGCCAUGCUGGGGGCUCUGCUAGGUGCCAAACACAAGGAAUCCAUUGACUUUAAAGCUAACCUCAAGACAGUGAAGAAGGAAGAGGAAAAGAAAGAAGAAGUGACCGACUGGCGUAAAAAUGUGGAUGCUAUGUCUGGCAUGGAAGGCAGGAAGAAGCUAUUUGCGGGACCAAAUGCAUAAUGAAUUCUUUAAAUAUUGUUAUUUCAAAAAUGUAAAUACAAUACAUUUAACUGGUAUUUAAUUGUGGUUAUGUAUUUGUUUUAUUGCAUAAACAGCUGGAUGAAUGAAAAUCAAUUGUAUGAGAAAUUCACAAAGCUGUGCUAUUGAUUUAACCACAUUUAUCAGUUAAAAUAUGGAAACAUUAUGUGCUUUGACACAUAUAAAACAUUUAUUUAUGUUAAUAUUUGAUUAUUAUACAAUUGCUUUUGUCAUUAUAUAAUAAUGCUUAUAUUGUAAUAAUAUUUAUAUGUGAUCAGUUGUGUGAAUAUUGAGUAACAAUAAAGCUAUCACUGU